CUAGCAUGCAGACAUGGUGUUUGAAUGGGACGUGCGCUUCGUGUGCGUGACAGAUUUUACCUUAUUCUCAAGGGACUCGUGGCUUGGUUGGGACACGGGUAUGCUGAUGCAGAUUGUCUAGUGCAUUGUGUUCCCUAGGGGCGUGUGUAGUUAGUAACAUAAACAAGCCACUCAGACUGUAGAACUUAAAAACAUUGACACUUGCGACUUCGCAUUCACUCUUUUCGUAUGCACUUGCAGGUUCAUUUCCCCAGCUAGACGACCGAUUGUGCGACAUGCAACGGUCUGCAUCUUUCUCUGAAGCGGAUUGCCGCAAGCUGAAGGGAAGGGAAUUGAUUGAAUCAAAGGAGGAAACAAAGAGUCUAGUCAGUCGACGCUCUCAUGGCAGACACAGGCGACGGAGCUCUCAGCGGCGGAGAAGUCGUUCUUCAGGUGAAUCAUCGACAAGACGCAGCAGGGAGGAGAGGGAGGAGAGACACGAGAGUGCUGAGGCGAGACAACGCAGGAAGGAGACGCAAGUGAGCUCGAAUUGGAGGGAGAGGGAAUCUGGAGGUUCAACGCGCAGUCGGAGGCGCCACCAUCGGAGGUCCGGAUAUCGGUGCGAGGAGCGCGCUUGUGCUAAAGAUGCUGGGAAGUCGGAUAAAGGAUAUUUCACUUUGGGUGGUUUAAAGCAGCAGCGUGUGUCCUGGCAGGGUGAAUUGCUUGACCAUCCCUCAUCAGACGGUCAUCAACAAGACAAGAGUAAGAGGAGGAGGCAUGUGAGGCAUCAUAUGGAUAGUAGUGAUAGUGGACAUAGAGGCUGCUCGAGUACUUCGAUUUCAAGCACUGAUGAUGAUGAUGAUGAUGACAACAUGGACUCGGACUGGGCGAGGUGGGUGUCCAGACGGUCCGCUGCACUGAGACCUGUUCCUUUAGGCUGUGGUUCCCAGCGUGGAUCUCAGGAGCAAGAUGGUCCUGGACGAAGAGUCGUGAUUCGUUACUCAUCAGGAUCGGCAGUUUGGCACCAGACGACCACACCUAAGAAUGUCACUGAACAGACUAAUGAUGAUGAUGUUUGUAGCAAUUCUAGUCGAUUGCAGUCUCAAAGUUCUGAUGAGAAGAGGAAAAAGCCGAAAUUUUUGUCGUCUGUUGCUCGCCGACUUUUUGGUUCAGCUAAAAAGUCAAAAAAUACUCGUGAUACAGAAGAAGUUGACGAGUUAUGUACUGCACAGCAAACAUUACAACCUCAUCGUCCUCAGAACAUCCCAUCUCCUCCUCGUCGAAAAGCACCUCAAGUUGAUCCUCAAAAGGCCAAACAGCAUCAUGUUGUCACUAAAAAGAGAUCCAGCAGUCGACAAACUGACUCAAAUUCAAGCAGACCGACUUCGGAAAACAUGCCAUCAGUGGGUCAAAAUGAGACUUUGGAAACAAAUCUUUAUAGCCAAGUGGAGGAGGAAGUUGUAGAGCAGGAAGCAAAUGUUGAUGUUGGAGACAAAGAGUUUGGCCUCGAUUCAGAGGUUUUUUCAUCACAUAAUGUGUCGUUUCCCUCUGAAGAUGUGCAGGCUGUUUGUCCGAAUGUUAUCAAAGUGGAUGUUCUAUCUGAGCCACCUUCUCCAAUGACAAUUGAACACUUGAAAGUCCACACAUCGUCUCCAGAUCCAGCUCUAAUAGCAGCAAACACUUACAGUGACAAGACCUUGGGAGGAAGCCGGCCGACAUCGAGUACUCACCAGAUAAGAGGAUUGGCUACUAGAAGCAAUAAUUUGCCAUUUAGUAUUUCCACAGCUGCCAGAUAUGCUGGUAUCUCUCCUGCUCUUCUCAAACGUCUCUGUGCGGUUACGAGGGUUGCUGACGAUGGUCCACUUGACUGUGAGCUUGAGGACAGAGAGACACCCAACAGACAAGGAUACCAGGCACUUAUUAGAGACCACGAUGCUAUAAGACGGUCAAAGAGUCCCUCGCCUGCAAUGUCUGAUGUUAGCAAGCGAACGUCAUUAGUACGAGAUCGCACACCUGAAACACGCAAUACAUCAAAGGAAGUGGGCAAAUGUUGCAACUGUUCAAUCAAACUCGGUCAUCUCACGAGUGACGAUGGAGCGAGACAGCAAGGAGUUUUGCCUGACGAUACAUUCUCUGACAUUCCAAUCUACGAUUGCCGAGAUUUUCCUGAGUUAGGCGUGUCUGAUCUAUUUCCCGGAGGCCCAACUCGUCAUGAAAAUGAAGUUGGAUGUCAAUGCCAGUGUGUUCAGAAGGGCUGUGGCUGGACAGGCUCUGAGAUAUCCAACAAUUUGGUUGAUGAUCGACGACGAUCGCUGGCAUUACGACAGUUCAAUUUACAGUCACUCAUGUUUGGCCAUCCUCCAGAGGGUCUAAAGAGUCAUAUUGUGAUUGAAGAUUUAGACAAUGCUGCAGGCAAAGCUGUCCAGACUAUUUCUUGGUUACAGUCUCAGGUGCCAUACAGUCAAAGGAGACAUCGCCAGAGAAGCUCAUCUCCCAACGGUUGCGAGGAUGAGAAAACAUCUGCAGACUCGGGCUACACAUCGGGUGGUGGAGCAGGUCUGCAGAAGUUUCUAGCGGAUAACUCAAGUCGAAUGGUCAUGAAGAAAGCAGUUCAGAACAUUGCUCGAUCUAUACUCAUAUAACAAGCAUCUAGAUGUCUCACUGAUCUCGAGUAAUGUAAGUGUAGAGUGGAGUUUAUAUGACUGUAAGAGAUCUUGAACAUAUACUGGAUGGUAGAGCAGUUUGACUGUCAGUGUUUGCUAUCUUGCCACUUGUAAAUUACAAAGUAGCUAGCAACGACGUAUUUUUGUCACACUCGUGUGUUUAUUGACUAAAUCUUUGUAAGACUUGGUUUAAUUAAUUGAUUAAUAAUAUGUCGUACCGUAACUGUUGUUUCUCACAUAGCGCGUUAGACCCUGUGGGCGUGACUGUGGCUAGAACAGCACACGUCAGUAACAGAUUAGAAGAAAGCGCAACGUAUCCAUCAUUUCUCGUCACUGUCUCUUCUGCUCUCGUUUGAGUAAGAAGUCUUCUACUCCAGACCGAAGGACAUCUUGUGGUUAUCGUAGCUACCUCGCUCAGGUGUAACUGAUUGUCAUCGACUCUACUUGUGUUCUAGUAGAAACGAAUGUUUCCGUGAUGAUGUUCCUGCCCGUGACGGUUCUUCUCGGUUUUUUCUGUGCUGUCCACGGCCAAAACUACGUUCAGUGCUUUAGGGUGAAAGUGGAAACGAAGCAUCGACUCGGCGCCGAUCUCAAAUUUGUCCCACAUACAGUCACAAAGAAAGGGUACAACGUUACACUACCCAUCCCUCUGUCUAACAUCUAUCAAAGAAUCAGUUCUGAGGAGCUCUUUGGGCGUAGCGGCUAUCCUCCCAACACAAUCUGUGAAUACCAUUUUAUCAUCCGGAAAAUCAGCAAGGUCUACUUCUCCAAAAUCCAUCUCGACGUCGGACCGAACGAUCCGGCGACCGGCAUUGGCAAUUUCCGUGAAUGUAAGCGUGUCAGUGAGUCGUCGUUCAAAAGCCGGGAUUUCAUUUCGCUGAAUACCGUCCACUCGAGUCGUGUAUUCUGCGGGCGGCCCAGUCGGUCGGUCAAUCGAAAGGUGAAGCAGCAGAAGCUGCAGAGCAACAACAGGGAAUUGAUAAUCACCUUUUGGUCGGACGCUUCGUACUCCGGCGACGGAUUCGACGGAUAUUUCGUAGAUUUGAGGCAGAGACCACCGAGAGGAUACAGACCGGCAGAUGCGAGUAAAUGCGAUGAUACGGCGUGCGGGCGAAUCACGUUCGACAUAUCUUGGGGAAUGUUGGAGAAAGUCCUUGAUAACAAAACCGAGAGCUUGAACAAUUUAAAUGGGAUGGACGUACUAAUCGAGUGGUUGAAAUCUCAGUCAUACUCGAUAGACUCCGAAAUCCACGCGCUGUGGGACGGCACUCCGUCGAGGACCAGCUCGUCGAACAGAACUGCACACACACUGACAUCGUUCGAGGAGUCGUCUACGACGUCUACUCCAACUAAUCCGUCCCUAUCGGCUUCCACGCAUUCGACACGGUUACCAGAGACAGUAUCGACAAAACAAACCUAUAGCUCUCAAGUAGAAAAGACCGGAAAAUCGCAAUCUUACUCAAAACGUUCGUCUUCUCCUCCUUUUGUGAUUCCAAAUACUCCAAUGGAACAUCCGCGUGUGGGUGACGUUAAUUCCAACGAAACGAAUCCGUAAGGGUGACGUCAUAGAUUCACGUUGAUAUUGUAGUUCACGUUCAGUGAAUUGUUCCGUACUAAGCAUAUCUAAUCUCGAUGUAAGCAAUUUUAAUUACGUGAGCAACUGUCGCUCGACUAUAAUAACGUAUAGAAGUAAGAUCUUUGCAGCGGCGCGUAAUUUGUACUUCAGGUGGGAUGGCACGAAACGGCGGGAUGUAGUUAAUUUUAUAAUUAAGUUACAAGCAACGUAUACAUAUAGAUAUAUACCGUUUGCAUA